AUGGUUGAAUUCUAUUAUCACGACAACCAAGAUACCAAAGAGAACUUCACACAAGAUCACCGUGGUGAACCCUUUGAUAUCAAGAAUCUUACAUCGAUUGGUGUGAUUUACCGUAAGGUUGACACUUUAGAUGAAUUGAAUGCGAUUGCUGAGGAAAGAAACUAUCGUAAUCGAGAUGAAGUCAAAUUGAGUUUAGAUACCUUUGGCGGUGAUAAGACUGCUUACAACGCAAAAAUGGAACAGUUUUAUGAAGAACAUUACCACGAGGAUGAAGAAAUCCGUUACAUUGUUGAAGGAGAAGGCUACUUUGAUGUAAGAGACCAAAAUGAGAAAUGGGUUAGAGCCAAACUUUUUCCCAAGGACUUGUUGAUUUUACCAGCAGGUAUUUAUCAUCGGUUUACGUUGACAGAAGGGGCCAAAUAUGUCCAUGCCAUGCGUCUAUUCAAGGAUGAACCUAAAUGGGAAGCUAUUAACAGAUCCAGUGGGUAUGAAAGUGAUAUUCGAACAUCAUAUGCUCAAUCUGUAUCAUCUUGA